UAAAUCAGAGUCGCGAUUGGCGCUUCCUGAUUGUGGUGAAAGCCAAGCCAUGAGGUGCAUUCUAAUUUUCCUCGGGCUUCUCAUUGCCCCCAAUGGCACAAAGAGUUUGGAGCAAGCAAAGCCGUGUUAUCCAAGUGUUUGCAAAUUACCGGAAUGCAAGUGCAGUACAACAGAUAGUGGAAGUGCUAUUCCACCUUCAAAAAUACCGCAGAUUGUCAUGUUGACGUUCGACGACGCCGUCACUCCAAUUACCUACGAUUUUUUCCAAAAGGCUCUCUUCGGCAGGAAGAAUCCGGAUGGCUGUCCAAUCGGUGUCACCCACUUCCUCUGUCACGAGUACACAGAUUACGCAAAGGUUCACGAGCUCUGGCUUCGAGGACACGAAAUUGCAUUGCACUCCGUGACUCACACAGUCGAGGGCUAUUGGCGAUACAUAAACCUGACGACUUUCAAGUCAGAAUUCGACGACAUGAGAACAAUGAUUACGCACUUUGCUGGAGUACCCAAGAGUUAUAUUCGGGGCGUGAGGGUGCCAUUCUUGGAGUUGUCUGGUAAUAUAAGUUUCCAGGGAGUUGGUGAGCUCGGCUUGAUAUACGAUAGCUCAAUGCCCACAAUAAGGUACACAGAUCCAGCGUUGUGGCCAUAUACUCUUGAAUAUGCUAGUCAUCAGGAUUGCAUGAUAGAGCCAUGCCCAACAGCUAGUUUUCCAAAUGUCUGGGAAGUGCCCAUGGUUAUGUGGCAAGACGAGAAAAGUAUCAGUUGCAGUAUGGUUGAUGCUUGUGUCAACAUACCCAAACAAGCAGAGCCGCUUUCGAAAUGGUUCAUCAGGCAAUUCCAACGACACUACAACAGCUCCAGGGCACCCUUCCCAGUUUUCAUGCACGCGGCAUGGUUCACCAGGAGCCCGGAGUACUUCAAGGCUUAUCAAUUGUUCGUUGACUAUCUGCAAUCACUACCAGACGUCUACCUCAUGACAGUUGAGAAAACGAUCGAGUGGAUAAAAAAUCCGAAACCUCUGGGUAUUAAGAAGCCUUUUGGUGAGUGCGAGGUGAGAAUUUCCCCAACUCAAUGUAUUCCACGAAGUUGCGGCCUGAAGACGUCCACCGGUGCCGAACGAUGGAUGACGUCUUGCCUCAGUGUCUGUCCUGACCGCUAUCCCUGGCUUUAUAAUCCCCUUGGAAAGUAAUAACAAAUGGAAAAUUUUUUCUGUACUUUAUCCAGUGUAAUUAUUCUAUUGAAAGUGUCAAAUGAAUAAUAAAUAUAUCAAAUAUAAAAUCAA